AUGUUUAAUUAUUAUGCCACUAGUUUACAAGCUAGUGACUUCUACGUUCAAAAUUUACCUCUUCUACCAGACGCUGAAUCUACUAUUCGUAUGCAUGCUGGAUAUCUACCAGUUGGUUCAAAAAAUGAUGGCGAAUUAUUUUUUUGGCACUUUGCCAAAAAAUUCAUAGAUGAUAAACCAAGAACAAUCAUUUGGUUAAAUGGAGGUCCUGGUCAAAGUAGUCUCAUUGGAGCUUGGACAGAAAUUGGUCCUUUUCGAUUUUUAGAUAAAGAUACCAUAGUUACAAAUAAUGGUUCAUGGCAUUUCUAUGCUAAUCUUUUAUUCAUUGACCAACCUGUUGGUACUGGGUUUUCUUAUGUUGAUAGAGGGAUGUUUAUUGAAGAACUCGAUGUAAUGGCAGAACAUUUUCUCAAUUUUUUCGAUCGAUAUGUUGAGAUAUUUCCUGAAUUCCUUGGAGAAGAUAUUUAUUUAGCUGGUGAAUCUUUUGGUGGUCAAUAUAUUCCUUAUAUUGCAAAAGCAAUUCUUGAAAAACGAUCAUUAUCGAAACUACGUGGUCUUCUCAUUGGAGAUGGAUGGAUUGAUCCAAUUUCUCUUUACAAUUCAUAUUUACCAUAUGCAAUUGCAAACAAUUUAGUUAAAAACGACUCUGAACUUCAUACUAAUAUUACUCGUCUAGUUGCAAUAUGUCAAGACAUAUUGUCGAAACAAGUACAUAUUUUUGUUAAUCCAUGUUUUGCUAUUCUCGAUGAUAUAAUAUAUAAUGGUAUAAGGAGGGAAAAUAACGGAGAAUGUAUCAAUGCCUAUGAUAUACGAUUAAAUGCACAAAAACCGAUGUGUGGAAUGAAUGGGCCAUCUGAACUUGACUAUGUUUCCGCUUAUUUAAAUCGACAAGAUGUUAUGUCUAGUAUUCAUAUAAAUGGAAAGAAAUCUCAAUGGAAAGAUUUUACAGAAUCGGUUCAUAACGCAUUUCAAGCAUUUAAUUCUAAACCUUCUAUCGAUCUAUUGCCUGAUUUACUUGAACAAAUUCCAAUCUUACUCUAUAAUGGUGAAUAUGAUUUAGUUUGUAAUCAUUGGGCAGCAGAGAAUAUGUUGGAUAAUAUGACAUGGAAUGGUGAAUCUGGAUUCGAUUUAGGAAAUGGUAAAGUCGCUCCAAUUUAUGCAUGGAUUGUCGAUGGUGAAUCGGCAGGUUAUAUACGCUAUGCGCGAAAUUUAACUUAUAUUCUUUUUUAUAAUGCUGGUCAUAUGGCUCCUUAUGAUCAAGCACGUCGAUCACAAGCUAUGUUAUAUCAAUUCAUACAACUGAAUUUAAGUUAUUCUAACAAUCAAAUAGGAACUAAUCGAAAAUCGAACUAUGCAAUAUCAAUUGUGUUUACUGUGAUCCUUAGUAUCAUAGUUUCUAUUGGCGUCAUCUGGUUAUUUAUUCUUAAACAACAACAAUGUCUAAGGAUUACAUCAGUACAUUGUCCUAAUCUAUUUCGAUCUAGGCAACAAUCAACAACUUAUUCACCUUUUAAGAUUAUAAAUGAUGAAUUUGUUACAUUCGAAGAUGAUAUUUUAGUAUAA